CGGCGAAUUUCUUCAUCAUCCAACAUAUCAACAACAAGGAAAUCCACAUCACAAGCCAUCUCUGAAAACGAAAGCAGUCUGCCACGCGGUGACGAGCACGACAGGAGGGUUUAGUUUAUUUUAAAUACUAUCUGGAGGGAAAGCUUCUUUACUAUUCAUGAUGUCAGCCAAAGACACAAUGAGACGGAAUAAAACACUUCUUCAGUCAACGUUGUGCGGAGAUAACGUAAUAAUCCUCAACAAGGUUUUUGAGAAGAAUCUGAUCACUGAGCGUGAGUACAACAACCUGAAGAGCAUCAACAAAGAAGAUGUGGAGGGCCAUGUUAUAAAGCUGGUGGAUAAGAUCAUGAAUAAAGGAGAUGGGACAUGCCAAGCCUUCCUUCACCUACUGCAAACUGACGAAGACAUCAAAAACACUUGCCCUGAGCUGAAGAACAUACAGCUGAGCGUCACCCGCCCGUUACCUCUGCCUAUCCAAGCUAGUUCAAGUAAUGAAGGAGACAUGAUGCCACCAGAGAGCAAGAGGCCAAAGCAGGACGAUCAAUAUCAGCUGAACAGCCAACCGAGCAGCCUCUGUGUCAUAAUUAAGAAUGAGAAUCAGAAGAAGGCUGCAGUGAAGAAAGUAGCAGUCAAGAAGUCCCCAAAGAAUGCAUUAGCCCAGAAAACCCCGGUGAAGAAGGCAGUCAAAAAGCCAGCAGCCAAGAAAACCCAGGUGAAUAAGGCAGUCAAAAAGCCAGCAGCCAAGAAAACCCAGUGAAUAAGGCAGUCAAAAAGCCAGCAGCCAAGAAAACCCCGGUGAAUAAGGCAGUCAAAAAGCCAGCAGCCAAGAAAACCCCAGUGAAUAAGGCAGUCAAAAAGCCCGCUGCUAAGAGAUCCAAGAAGGCUGCCCCAAAGAAGGUGGUGAAGAAGACUCCAGUGAAAAAGGCUCCAGCUAAGAAGACUGCAGCCAAGAAGGCCAAGAAGUAGAUCUGCACACCAGAAUUCAAUGCCUCAAAGGCUCUUUUAAGAGCCACCACAACUUCUACUAAAGAUUCUGUCCUCAGUAAUACAGUUAUUAUCAGUUUUUUAAUAAUUAUGUGAUAUAUAUUUAUACGCAUCAAAUCGGGCUUUCAAACGUUUUGCUCGUGCGCAAAAUCCGAUCCGACGGUGUAAGGUUCAUCCAAAGGGCAGCUCGUCCACAUAAAAGAGUGCUUAACAAACCUGAAAGUCUCCACACACGCAGACUAUCAGGUACAUGUUGCACACAAAGGAAUUCCAAGUGUGCAUGGGUUUUUACUUCGUUCUCUGAAAUACAGAAACACGAGCACAUCAAUUCAGCGCAUAUUACCGGGCAUCUGGGUCGACUGAAUUACGCAUGGCAUCAAAGACUUUUUAGGUUCUUUUAAGGUUCAAGUAGCCUCGAUUGCCCGGUCAUGUCGAUUUGCCCUGUACAACAUCAGGAAGAUCAGACCUUAC